AUUAUAAGUAUUUUCCAAUAAUUAAAUGGUGAACACAAUCUCUCCUCGUUCGGUUGAUCUACGCUAGUGACUGAAAAAUGAAGCUGUUUGCUAUUGUUGUGCUGGGGGAAUUCGCCAAUCGCCAUUUACAAACCCGCUGGAGCAUUUAUUUAUGAGUGUAACGUAGCGUCGAGCGCUUCACGGAUGCAGUAUUAGCAUAUUUACUGCCGCGUGGGCUACAAAUGACUAUUUUACUGUCCUAUACAAAACAGCGGGGAUCCUCGCAUGUGAAAGGGCGCCACGUUAGAUCUCGCGCCGCGCCCGGUGACCUCACAGCUCCCAAGCAGCCCCUCACCUUGACUUCCCAGUUCCUAGCCACGGGCCCACGACCUUACCACCGUCAAAGGACUUUUGCGUGCAUCCGGUGCAUACGUACAUUUUAUUCACCUGCCUCUCCUCCGUCCUCAUCUCUUCCAGCAGUCGAGGAUUUCAACAAGGCUUCUUUUGGAAGUUAGCAGCAGGCGCAUAGAGUUCAGCCAUGCAUCGAGUGCAGGCAAACCAAAUAAUUUCUCCUCCGUUCACGCCUUGUCCGCGGCCUCUCCUGCUUCCCCCGUCAAAUCUACUUUCUUUCAACUUUGGUCUCUCGAUCCUUCCCACUUUCUUCUUCUUCUUCUUCUUCUUCUUCUUCUUCUUCCCCCUUUCCGACUCUUAUUAGAACAUACGACAAUGCUGCUCCUCUUCUUUCUUCUCAGCUUCCCCUUCCUUCUCUCCUCUGCUCCCACGCCGACUCCCAGUCCCAAACCCAAUCCCAAUCCCAAUAAUGACCCCUUUCUGUCCGGCGUGGCGAAUUUCUCUUACAACAUCGACUGCGGCGGCACGGCCAACUUCACGUCGUCGCUGGGGCGGGCCUGGCUGUCGGACCGGUUCUUUUCAGCGGGGAACCCCGGGAUGGUGGCGGAGCCGCACCGCUUCUCGCAGCCGCAGGAGCGCACCCUCCGCUUCUUCCCGCCGGUCUCUUCCGGCAAGAAGAACUGCUACUCCGUGCCCGUGCCCUCGGGGCGCUACUACAUCCGCACCUUCACCGUCUACGACAACUACGACGCCAAGCUCCGCUCCCCAAGCUUCGACGUCUCUGUGGAGGGCACCCUCGUCUUCACCUGGCGCUCGCCCUGGCCCGAGGCCGCCGCCCGCUCCGGCGCCUACUCCGACCUCAUCUCCCCCGUCCUCGACGCCGUCGCCCACGUCUGCUUCUACAGCAUGGCCACCGAUCCCCCCGUCGUCGCCUCCCUCGAGAUCGCCCCGGUCCACCCCCUCGCCUACGACGCCGCCUCCACCGGCCCCGACCUCAUCCUCGUCAACUACGGCCGCCUCACCGCCGGAGGCAACCUCUUCGGCCCCGGCUUCACCGCCGAUCCCGACGCCUUCUCCCGCGUCUGGCAGCCCGACGCCGGCUUCCGCAGUCCGACCGUCAAAAUCAAGGCGCUCUCUGCUGGCGGGCACCAGAUCUUCGGCAGCAACCAGCCCCCCAACUACUUCCCCACCCUCCUGUACGAAACCGCCGUCACCACCGUCGACCCCGCCGAUGCCCUCCAGUACCUGCUGCCGGUCGACACCAGACUCAGCUACAUGAUCUGGUUCCAUUUCGCCGAGAUCGAUGCCGGGGUCAAUUCUGCUGGGCGGAGGGUCUUCGACGUGGUCGUCGGAGGGAACAACGUGACGAGGAUCGACAUAUUCAAGGAGGUAGGGGGGUUCACGGCGUUCAAAUGGCACUACAUCAUGGAAAACCUGACAAACACGCCGCUCAGCGUGGAGCUGGUCCCGGUCAUCGGGAAGCCCAUAAUCUGUGGGCUCGAGAACUAUGCAAUGGUUCCUCUGGACAUGGCCACCGUCCCGAGCCAAGUGGUUGCCAUGAGGGCAUUGAAGGAAUCUCUUAGAAUACCAACGAGGAUGGGUUGGAAUGGGGAUCCUUGUGCUCCAACUAUUUGGGAUGCCUGGGAGGGAGUCACUUGCCAUCGCAGCCAGGAUGGACAGGGACUUGUAGUUACCCAAUUGGAUCUUGCAAGUCAGGGAUUAAAAGGAUACAUCAGCGAUCAAAUAAGCCUUCUAACAAACUUGGUAAGCUUGAAUUUAAGCUCUAACUCUUUGGGAGGAACUUUACCGCCAGGAUUAGGCCAGGAAUCUCUCGUUAGAUUGGAUUUGUCAUCAAAUCAGUUUUCUGGGAGUAUUCCUGGUAGCCUAGGUUCAUCCACUUUGCAAAUUGCUUUAUUGAACAACAACGAAUUAGAUGGACAAGUUCCAGAAAGACUCUACUCGAUCGGUGUACACGGCGGUGUAAUAGAUCUCUCAGGUAACAAAGGGCUAUGUGGUGUACCUUCUCUACCUGCUUGUCCAUUAUUCUGGGAUAAAGGAGGCUUGAAUGAAACAGGAAAAAUUGCCAUUGGUGUUUCAUGUGGUGUCGUUCUUAUUGUGGUUCUUCUAGUUAUUUACAUAGUUUGCAUUCGAAGGGGACCGAAUGACUAUGAUUUUGAUUUUCCUCAAGAUUUUACUUCAAUUGCAGCAAAAAGAAACAGGUAUCACAGGCAAAAGUCAUUGAUGCUUCUUGAGAUGGAGACCCAGAAUUCUAACGGCCUUCAAAGUACUGUGAAUACCAUUUAGAGUAUCUUGAAAUACGCAUGCAACAGUUUGUAACUAAUUCUUUCAUCAAAGAGUCCUGUCGGAUGCUUUGAUCCUACUAAAUGAGCAUCUGGUGGCAGCAGCAUUUGAGCCCCUGACUUAAUCAAUGGGGUCGAACAAGAUUUUGUUUAUUGAUAUAAACACGCAUGGUUCACUGCCCUCACAUUUGGUUAAAGUUAGAAGGGGAAGUUAUUGCCAUUUGAAAAGGGGAAGUUAUUAUUGCCAUCGGAAUGGCUGUAAUGUCAAUUAUGCAUGUGGCAUGCAUGAUUUUGCAACUGGUGCCAAAUUUUGUCUUAUGCCUCAUGUCCUUUUCUCUACCAUAUCAAUAUUACCUGGGUAUUUCAGAUUAAACAGGUAUGCACCACCAUGUACAUUAAUCCAUUUUCGCUAGUCAUAAUUGCGUAACAGCGAGACGGAUAAAUGCUUUUUUUUUGUGUAAGAGCAAGGACGAUAAGUUUGAUAGAAUGAUUUCUCAUAUUUUGCUAUUUGAUGUUGGCUAAUCUUUUUCUUUACAUUGUACUGUUGUAAAUCUCUGCCGGUUCAUGCAUUACAGUUAUGUCUGAAGAUUCGUGG